AUGACGAGCUGCAUUGGUGGCUUCCGCGCCUUUACGGCAAGAUUACAAAAACUCAUCGGUGUCAAGUCCUCUAAACCAGUUUCCGAGAAGCCGGCGCUGCAGAUCUCAGCACCGUUCAACUUCAAGCACGAGACGCUCUCAUUGCCGGGUGUGUCGGAAGAUGAGAUCGCCAUACUGAAGGAGCAAGCAGCCGCAUCCCGCUUUGGAGCCGCCGACUCGUCGUCCUUCGGCACUCCGCGCAGGGCCCCGGCUCCGCCUUCGUCAUUACGUCCCGUUACGCCUGUGCUGAAGGUGACGCCAAGCACCCCUAUCUCACCUAUCGAAAACCUCAUUUAA